GUGUUGUGUAUUUAUGUUUCUUGUUGUGUGUUGUGAACUGAUCUGUUCUAGUGUGUCAAAAUGUCAUGGUGUCCAGGUCAGCUUGUGUGUGUGUGUGUACUGUGUUAUUGUGAACUGUUUUGUCAUUCUUGUUCAAUAAAGCCUAGCUUCAAGACAUGUCUUCCUGUAGUGUUUUAUUAGGUCACUACAAUUUAUUGAACAAGAAUCUUGUGGAUUAAUUGUGCUUCUAACCUUAAGUAUGGAUCGUUUUCUAAGACCUGAAAGAUUGGUGGUGGAUCCUAAUGAUCCGGACGCUCAAAGGAUCUGGAAGCACUGGCUUCACACAUUUGAAAAAUUCGCAUUAAAACUAGCUGUAUCAGAAGGUGAGAAGUUCGAUCUACUAUGUAACUUUAUCUCACACGCAGUGUACGAAUUGAUAUCUGACUGUACUGACUUUGAAUCUGCUGUCAACACACUAAACGGACUCUAUGUGAAACAAACCAAUGAGGUUUAUGCUCGCUAUCUCCUAUCCAAUUGUAAACAGGAAACAGGACAGAGUGUUGACAGGUAUAUUCAAAAAUUUAGAUUGCUAGCUAAAGACUGCCAUUUCAGAGCAGUCACUGCCCUCGAAAACCAGAACGAGGCCAUCAGAGACGCAUUCAUUAGUGGCAUGUCAUCACCAGAGAUUAGGCAAAGACUUUUAGAGUACUCAUCUCUGGAUCUCGCAAAGUCAUUGGAGGUUGCUAGAUCUCUUGAGAUGGCACAGAAACAUUCUGUGACAUAUAACUCGCAACAAGCCACUACUUUUCAAACACCACAAGCACAACAAUCCACUACGUCGGAAUUGCCACUUUGCUCUGCUGUAGAAGACACGAUUGAUUCGACAACCAGUACCAUAGCUGCAGCUCAAGGCAAGUGCUACUUUUGUGGAGGUGCUAUCCACUCUCGUAGCAAAUGCCCCGCUAAAGAUGCAACCUGCAAUAAAUGCGGUAAAAAGGGACACUACAAAAAGGUAUGCAAAUCAAAACUUUCUACAGUUUACAGACAUAACUCUGAUUCAGCGGCGUAUACAAUAACAGCCGCCUCUUCGUUUUCUCUAUCUCGUGCUGUAAUGAAGAUACACGUUAACAACAUUACCCUUGACGCCCUCAUCGAUACAGGUAGUUCGGACAGUUACAUAUCUGCAUCGGCUGUCAGAAAGUAUAGAUUCAAAACUUUUCACUCAUCAAAACAUAUAUCUAUGGCCAACACGAACCUAACUGGUUAUACUCGAGGCCAUGUUAAUGCUGACAUUAAAAGUAAAGGCUCCACUUAUAAAGACUUCAAGCUACACAUACUUGACAACCUCUGUGAGGAUGUUAUUUUGGGCCAUGACUUCCUUGAACAACAUGAGAGUGUACAAAUCACUUUUCAGGGGCCUAAACCAACAAUGGUGUUAAAUGGAAUGAAAGCUGCUAAUGUUGAACCCGCUCCUCUUUUCCAAAAUAUGCUUAAAGAGUGUCGACCUAUCGCCACAAAAUCCAGACGAUAUUCUGCAAACGACACUCUAUUCAUCAAUUCAGAAGUUGAGAGACUCCUAAAAGAUGGCAUCAUUGAGCCCUCGUCAUCUCCAUGGCGGGCUCAAGUCUUAAUAACUACUAACGAACGACACAAACGAAGAAUGGUAGUGGACUACAGCCAAACUGUUAAUCGGUUCACACUUCGGGAUGCUUAUCCCUUACCUCGCAUUGAUGAUAUGGUCUCUCAAAUAGCUAAAUAUGAAAUAUUUAGCACCCUUGAUCUGCGCAACGCAUACCAUCAGAUCCCCCUAAGGAAGACUGAUCGCCCCUAUACUGCCUUUGAAGCUGGAGGGAAAUUAUACCAGUUCUGUAGGAUACCCUUUGGAGUAACUAACGGGGUAGCCUGUUUUCAACGGACAAUCGACAAGAUCAUAGAACAAGAGUCACUGGAGGGCACAUAUGCUUAUAUUGAUAACAUCACCAUUUGCGGUAAGGACAGAGAAGAGCAUGAUAAAAAUCUGCAUAAAUUUCUUGGAGCUAUAAAAAAAUAUGGACUAACUCUUAAUGAGGAAAAGUGUGCAUACGCAUCCUCAAGAAUAAGAUUACUAGGUUAUGAAGUCUCCCAUAAUGAGAUGAAGCCAGACCCCGACAGACUACUGCCCUUGCAUCAACUUCUUCCACCCGAGAACCUAAAUGCACAAAGGCGAGCUGUUGGUCUAUUCUCCUACUAUGCCAACUGGAUAGGACAUUUCUCAGAUAAGAUCCAUCCCUUGGUACACAACAGAACCUUCCCACUCCCUGAGAGAGUCAAAGAUUCAUUUCAAGCGUUAAAAAAAGAACUAGAAAUGGCUGUUGUCACAAACGUAGACCACAAAACGCCGCUGGAGGUUGAAACAGAUGCAUCGGAUAUCGCUAUAUCUGCUACAUUAUCCCAGAACAAAAGACCAGUUGCCUUCUUCUCCAGAACACUAUCUCUUAGCGAGAGACGUCAAUCCUCUGUAGAGAAAGAAGCAAUGGCUAUCGUGGAAUCAAUCAAGAAAUGGAGACAUUUUUUAUUAGGGUCGCAUUUCAAGCUCACCACGGAUCAAAGGUCCGUAUCAUUCAUGCUGAACCCUCGUCAUCACGGUAAAAUAAAAAACGACAAAAUUCAGAGGUGGAGAAUAGAACUAUCAAUGUACAGUUUUGAUGUGUGUUAUCGGCCGGGGGCUGACAACAUGGCCGCCGAUGCUCUUUCUCGUGGAUUCUGUGCAAGUACAACCACCCCUAGGUCUUUGAAAGAACUUCACAACACUCUUUGUCAUCCAGGCAUAGUGCGAAUGCUCCAUUUCGUCCGGUCAAAGAACCUUCCGUAUGCAGUUGAAGAAAUAAGAACUGUAGUAAACAAUUGCCCCAUCUGUGCAGAGAUAAAACCUCGUUUUUAUCAACCAUCUGCCGGCAACUUAGUAAAAGCCACAUCACCAUUUGAGAGACUUAGUGUUGACUUUAAGGGACCACUCCCUUCUACCACUAAAAAUAAAUAUUUAUUGACAAUUAUUGAUGAGUACUCAAGGUUUCCUUUUGCAUAUGCAUGUCCUGACAUGUCUACUCAAACAGUAAUUAGAUGCUUCACAAACCUAUUCUGCAUUUUCGGCACGCCCUCGUAUUUACAUUCCGACCGGGGAUCAGCCUUCAUGUCUGAAGAGCUACGAUCUUUCCUCAGAAGUAAAGGCAUAGUAACAAGCAGAACCACAGCAUACAAUGCCAAAGGAAACGGGCAAGUUGAAAAACUGAACUCGACUCUCUGGAAGUCAAUUCUUCUUGUCGUCAGGUCAAGAGGACUACCUAAUACACAAUGGGAGCUAGCCCUAAACGACGCUCUCCAUUCAAUUAGAUCUCUACUAUGCACUGCUACAAACAUGACGCCUCAUGAAAGACUAUUUUCCUAUAAAAGAAGGUCCGCCUGUGGUGUCUCUCUGCCGACCUGGCUAUCUGUUCCAGGGCCAGUCCUAAUGAGAAGACAUGCAAGGCAAAGCAAAUAUGAUCCACUGGUAGAUGAAGUGGAGCUUAUUGAAGCUAAUCAGAACUAUGCCCACAUACGUCUUCCAAAUGGACGGGAAGAAACUGUCUCACUACACCAUUUGGCUCCGAGAGGCGACUCAUCUUCAGAGACCGUAGUACAUGAUUUCGCUCCAAGAGACUUUGAAACAUCUUCUGAGGUCUUUCAACAUCAACUGGCUCCUGGUAACACUGAGACUUCUCCGGGUGUCUCCCAACACUCAGUGGCUUCUAGGGGUGACAUAGAGACAUCUGUAGAGAACAUGGUUCCACAUGCUUUAAGAGCAGAAGAAAACAUUAUUGAAAAUGGACAAAAUUCACCUGCCAGAGAUACGCCCUUACAGCACUCGUAUAAUCUCAGAAGUAGAGCGAAAAGAAACUAAACAGGGGGUGAAUGUUGUGUAUUUAUGUUUCUUGUUGUGUGUUGUGAACUGAUCUGUUCUAGUGUGUCAAAAUGUCAUGGUGUCCAGGUCAGCUUGUGUGUGUGUGUGUGUACUGUGUUAUUGUGAACUGUUUUGUCAUUCUUGUUCAAUAAAGCCUAGCUUCAAGACAUGUCUUCCUGUAGUGUUUUAUUAGGUCACUAC